AUGAGACCACAAAAAAUUCCAAUGUACGAUGAAAUGGAAUUGGUUCCAAUUCAAUGUGAAUCCACAGGAGAAAAAAGGUGAGUUUUAACAUUUUGUUAUUUUUUGAACUUAUCGAAUUAUUUUUUUUUUUCAGUUUUCAUCCUUGCGACAGUCUCACAUUCACAUCACGAGACAAUAUCAAUGGGCGAAGAAUGGAAAUUCGAUUUGAUGAGACUAGUUUUGGCUCGUUAGAAGAAAGCUAUGGAAAACGAGUGGUUGAUCAAUUCGAUCCAAAAGUUCUCAUUUUUGACGACAAAUUGGAUUUGUGUGAUCUUGAUCGAAAAUGGCUGGCAAAUCGAAAAUCAAUGGUUAUCUGGUUUAGAACAAAUACAAGAAUAAUCGAUCAGUAUUUGCAAAAUUUGAAAUAUGUCACAAAAUUGGAAAUUGAGACAAAACAACGAAUUGAUCUGUUGAAAGUUGUAAAAGCAAUGAAGAAAAUCACAGUUUUGAAGUAAGUUAAUUUUUUAUUUAUGUUGGAAUAGCUUUUCAUAAUUGAUUUUUCUUUAGAAUCACUGGUAACAAAAAUACAUAUUGCACCAAUGAAGCAUUGUUUGAAAUUGUAAGAAGAUCUGAAAACUUGGAAUGUAUUCAUUUGGAAUUAUCAAAAGAUUCAACAAUGGAUAUCAGUUUGUUCAGAAAUCUAGCCAAGCUUAAAACAAAUCGCGGAUUGAAAUGUUUGAAAAGUUAUGGAGGAUAUCAUGCUAUUAUUGUUUUUGAUCGUCCAGGAAGCGAUAUUUUUGAAGAAUAUGAUUCUGAAAAUAUGCACGGAUCUGAUUCAAGCUCGAAUCCUGAUGUAAUCAGAUGUGAAUUUGAGGAUUGGAUGCAGUUUUAUUGA